CACUCGACUGCGCCCAACCACGGGCUCUUUCUCCAUCAAUUCCCGCUACGCUCCCCACAACACCACGACUACCACUCACGAACCCAUACCUCACACACCUUACCACACACACCAUCGCCCAGAAGUAGAGGAACUACACCGCAAUCAUGUCUUGGACCGGGUUCAAGAAAGGCGUCAAUCGCGCGACGACGCAGGUUCUUAUGAAGACUGGCCAAGUCGAGCGCACAAAUGACCGCGACUUUGAGACUGAGCAGCGCCGGUACCGUACUAUGGAAACCGCCGCGAACAAGCUGCAAAAGGAAGCAAAGGGCUACCUCGACUCUCUGCGCGCCAUGACCGCCUCACAAAUGCGCAUCGCCGAAACCAUCGACGCCUUCUACGGCGACGCAGGCACCAAAGACGGCGUAUCGCGCUCCUACAAACAAGCCGUCACCGACCUAGACGCCGAGACAAUAAAAGCCCUCGAUGGUCCCUACCGAACAACCGUCCUAGACCCCAUCCAGCGAUUCUGCUCUUACUUCCCCGACAUCAACGCCUGCAUCACAAAGCGCGAACACAAGCAAAUGGACUACGACCGCAUGCGCGCACAAGUCCGGAAGCUCACCGACAAGCCCGACAAGGAUGUCACCAAGCUACCGCGUGCUGAGAAGGACGAACAACUCGCCAAGGCGGCGUACGAUCAGUUGAACGAUACCCUCACAACUGAGCUGCCCCAGCUCAUCGAUCUGCGAGUACCAUAUCUAGACCCCAGUUUCGAGGCGCUGGUCAAGAUUCAGUUGAGGUUCUGUGCGGAAGCGUACUCAAGAAUGGCGCAAGUGCAGCAGUAUCUGGAUGCGAACACAAGAGAUCAGUAUGCACAGGGCGAGCUGGAUGCGCGGGUGGAAGAGGUGCUGCAGGAGAUUCGGGACUUGAGUAUUGCGGGUACUGUCUAAGACAUGGAAAAGGAAGAUCUGCUCAGUGUAUCGUACAUGGUAAUUUCUGUGGCGUCAGAAUCGUUGGGUUUGCGGCAUUAGUUGGGUUGCGUAAGGAUGAACGAAGGAUUUCAAUGAAGUUUCUCCCCUGAUUCAUAAUGACUAGCUUGGUAAAUGCACUACCGAUGACGCUUACGGCAGAGCGGUCGAUCUACGUGACCUACAGAGAGCGUCAGUGGAUAGAGUCCGUACCUGCUCAAUCACGGAUAUGACAAGGCCAGUGAGUCUGCCUAGGGUCUGCUUUCGAUAGGUCAUAGGAGGAUGUGAGUCAAGAGAAUUUGAAGGAGUCAACAUAUCUUGGUGUAACGAGCACAUACCAAGUGUGGUGAUUAUCAGUAAUUGAAUCGAGUUUCUACAUCCC